GUUUUGAGUUUUGAAAAAAUAUAGGCUUUUUUAUUUUUAUUUUUGAUAAUAAUAUAGGCUUUUUAAAUUUCUUUAUUUCUGUUUGUGUUGAAAUAUAUUAUAUAUCUAUAUCCGAUCUGUCUCCCAGACAAAGAACUGGGUCUCAGGAAAAUCAGAAACCUCUCAGAUACUUCUGUCUGUACACACACUGCUUUCUAUCUCUCCCUCUAAGUCUUUGCUCAAAACUUGGCUACGUUCUGGGUUUGUUCUUCAAAUUCGUUAUCCUGCGAGAUUUGGGAUGGAAAAGAACAAGAAUGGAUAAAGCGGAUCAAACCCAGAAGUAUAACAAUGGCGGGAGUGGUGGUGGUAUCGGCGGCGUUGCUAGAUCUUCCAGAAACCCAAAGCAAAAGAAAGCCCCACAGAGAGGACUUGGGGUCGCGCAGCUUGAAAAGAUCAGGCUAGAAGAACAGAAAAAGAAAGAUGUAGCUGCAAUUUUGUCACCGCCAGCUUCAUUCUCAGAGAGAAAAUCUUCCUUUCUAUCUUUGCCAAUUCCAACUUACCACCAUUCUAAUCCAUCUUCAUGCUCAAUUCCCUUUCCUUCUCCAUCCCUGCCUGAUCUUUCAUCGCCAGAUUUGUUAAUCCGGCCACCUCAACCGGCUCAAAACAACGAUGUAAACAAUUCAAGCAGGGUAAAUAUUGGUGGGUUUGAAGCCGGAUGGUUGGGGAUUUCAGUGCCUGGGCAGGGCUGCGUGCCUAAAUUGUGGAACUCCCACGAGUAUAAUCUGGAAAAGGAUCUGGAAAAGGAGAAUUCUGGCAUGGAUCCCGGAUUGGCAUAUCGGUCGAAUUUGAAUUUGCCUUAUGAAUCGGACAACCAUAUUUGGCCUCUCCCUAGUUUGAUGCCAAGAACACAGCAAUAUCAGCAACAGCCAAUGGUGAAUGUCUCAUCAGGUACUUCAUCAUCAUCUGUACUAAAUUCUCGUAUGGAGCCCCCUUCAAACCAAAGCUAUUAUUGCAACUAUACACCUAUGUGGCCUCCUGAGGAAGAGAAGAUGGUUGGCACGAAGAGGCUGUAUCCAUUCUCUCUCGACAAUUCUUCAGGCCCCCCUUCCCACUACAAAUUACCUACCCUUGUUGCUCCUGUCAGAUCAGAUGAAUCAGCCUCAUGUGAAAACGUAGGCAUGUUUAAUUUUGAGGGCAGCAAUUCAAUUCUAAGAGAAAGACCCUUAUGGUCAACUUCCAUUUCCAACUCUAACAUGAAUUCAAAUAAAAACAUAAAAGAAAAUGAGGUUAUCAAAGCAGAGUUUCUGUCAUUAUCUCCCAGAAUCACUUCAACAUGUCCAAGCUCAAAGUUCAUACAGCAAUCAGCUUGUCUGGCCUCUCAAGAGCCCAAAUUCCAUGAUGAAUCACUACCUUAUCAAGGAAUUGUGGAAGACCCAAUAAUCAAGCCUGCAGGGUCAAGUCUGUUGAAUCGACAACCACCCUUUUAUUACUUCCUCCCACCUGCAAAGGAGCAAAUUGGCAAAGCGACAACCACUAAUAACAAUUGCAACGGCGGAGUAGUAGAAAGGAUUGAUCUGAAUUUAAAGUUAUAAAGGGCUUUGCCCAUUCUUCCAGUUUGUUUGACAGACUGUUUGUUCCUCUCUAUGAGACAAAAUAUACUAAGAGAUAAUCAUCCUAUAGUCUUGGUUGUUCUUUUGAAUAUUGCAGCAGGUUACAUACAAUAUAUCUCUAAAUCUGCAUAUGUAAGCUUGAGUAGAAAGGAAGCGAAUCUUUGGCAUGUGAAGAGUAAUGAGUAAAGAGAAGGGAGAGAUAGGGAGAAGUAGAUUUGUUUGUUAGAGUGUGUUGUGGUUUGAUGAAGUCGUGGUUGGUUUAGUGGGUGUUGAUUUUGGGGCCUUUUGCAUUAAUGUUUGUGAUGUGUGGUUGGUGGAUGGAUGGAGCCGCCACUAGAUUGGUAACAAACUGUUUGCGUUUGGAUUGUGGGAAUCUGACUGUGUUUUGUCUUCA